UUCAACGAUUCCUUUCCUUCUUAAAGAAGUAAGCCGGAAAAGGUCCGAGAACCGGAAGGGGCCGUUCCUGAACUACAAAUUUCCACCAUUGAAUUUCUUCUCCGAGGCCGGCGAUGUCACCGUCAUCCACCGUUCUCCGGUGAAGUAGAAGCCGAAACUCUGCGAUGUUGUCAAGCAUGAGCUCGAGCGCGAUGGCGGCUACGGCUCAGCAACACCAGUGGAGCGAGGAGGAGACGAGGGAGUUCAUCCGGAUUCGCGCCGACCUGGAGAGGGACCUGACGGCGGUCUCCACUGGAGAAGGUCCGGCGACGAAGAAGAAGACAUUGUGGGAGAUGGCGAGUGCGAGGAUGAGAGAGAGAGGGUUUUGGAGGACCGCCGAUCAGUGCAAAUGCAAGUGGAAGAACCUCCUCAGCCGCUACAAGGGGAAAGAGACAUCCCAUAAAGACUUUGGCUGGCAAUGUCCAUUUUUUGAGGAAAUCCAUGCAGUAUUUGCUGAAAGGGGGAAAGCUAUGCAGCGAUUGCUCCUUGAACCUGAAGCCGGUUCUAUGAUGACGAAGAAAAGAGCGAGGGAGAGAAGUUUAGACGAAGGAUAUUCUGACCUCAAAGAACACAAUGAAGACGAAAGUGAGGAGGAGAUGGCCACUCAAAGCCACUCACAGAAGAAAAAGGCUAUAAGAACUCUUCCAGCAAAGUCUUCAAGAGCAACUGAUUCUAAAAGUUCUAGUAGCUCCACUAGUAAUGAAAUUCUUGAGAUGCUGAAGGGCUACUUUCAGUGGCAGCAGAGGAUGGAGCUGGAAUGGAGGGAAAUACUCGAGAUACAUUACAACAAACGACGAUUGUUCGAGCAGGAAUGGCGUGAUUCGAUGGAGAAGCUCGAGAGGGAGAGGUUAAUGGCCGAGCAAGCUUGGAGGGAAAGAGAAGAAGAGAGAAGGAAAAGGCAAGAUAUCCGAGCUGAAGGAAUGGAUGCCCUCUUAAAAACCCUUUUAAACAAGCUUGAACGUGGAAAUAAUCUAUGAGAUAAUGAAACAGUUGAAGCAGUUGGAGCAAUACUAUUUUUUAAAGAAUAGUACAUAUUAAAAAAAAAAAAAAAAAAUUCAGGUUUCUUUUUCUUUGGGUUGGCAGCAAGAGUACAUUUGCAAUUUUUUACGAAUGUCUUCAGUCUGCCAAUUGUGUAUGCUCACCGAGUUGCUCAUUUUUUCUACCAGAAAUUUACAGUGCCUUUUGUCCA